CAUUAAGCACACACACAGGAAGUAAAUGUAGGCUCAUGAAAGCAACUGUAACCCCAUUUUCACUUCCGCUUGGUCUCACAGCAGCAUCAAAUACAACUUUCCUGUGUGAAGAUGGCUGAAGACUGGUUGUGCAGUAGAGUGAAACUUUGUCAGCUGGUCACUGGCCCAAAUGUUGAUUUAUCUAAUGUCCAGGAUCCAGCUGAAGUGGUUAUUAACACCGAGUCAUAUCCUCCACCUCACUAUAAUCCAUCCUCUAUCCUCUUGACAUUGGAUGCUUUCAGUGCUGCCUUCGAUGAAUUACGAGGCAGGAGAUCAAAUGUGAAGAUGAACUACAUGGAUCAGAAUGCUCUUGGACCCAACCCAGUUCAGAAAGACGUUGUUCACCACUUUGCUGAGAUGUUAUCCAGAGAUAUACUGGAUGCAGCUGUGAGGAAACAAGACACUCAGUCCACUAAAGAUAGUGAUCAAAUAUGUAACAUCAUUCAAAGUGAGAUGAGCAGGUGGACAAUGAGUGAUAAGGAAAAGCUAGCUAAGAGGCUAGCAGCUGAGAUCUAUAGCAAUGCACUGGAAGAACUAGCUAGGCCUGGUUGUCCUGCUGAUAGGAAAUCUGAUGAACAACUAGAUGUGGUUCAAACAACACAAACAUUUGAAAAAGAAAUCAUUAGUGAAAUCCACAGUGAGCCUGCAUCCUACCCAUGUUCCUCCAUGCACCACUGUGACCAAGAAGGACCUACAACAGAAAUAGAUAGUAUCUAUCACAGAAGUUCUACGACCAAUCCUACCACUCUGGAUGAUAUGGCGCAUCUGGGCUCCCUCGACUACCCUGAUGCUCCUCCAAGUACGCCAUUACUGCCAGAGAUGAUGAAGAGCCGUUCGAGCUUCACCAGGAAGCUGAAAGGUGGACUCGCUAAGGAGUUCCUACCCUCAACUCCUCCACCCACCCCUAAAGAUCAACAAUCUCUAUUGGACGACAAAAUGACUGACAGCACUGUAGACAAAUCAGAGUUUAUGGUUCGGCUGAUGCGUUCGCUCUCAUUAGCAUGCUCACAGCUUGGGGAAGAUAAUGGCACAGAAAAUGAAAGCAGGUUUCAGACAGAGAUUUCAGACUACGCAGCACAGCUCUCAGCAGAUAUCAUCCAGUGCAUCACUACAGCCCAAGCAGGCAGCAGUAGAAAUAUAGAAACGCCCGUCAGAGAUGCGCAGGUCCUGGCUGACCACCUGGCAGAGGAGAUCAUUAUAACAUCUAUAGCAGAUGUAAUGAGGAGCAAGAGAGAGAACAGAACAAGCCAAGAAAUCCCAUCUUAUUUUGAGAACACAACCCAAGCUUUGAGUGAUACCUUAUCAUCUGAGUCAAUCCCAGAUAUUCCUCCUGUGGAGGCUCUGAGAGCCAUGGCUGGCAGACUAAUCACUAACACACUGGUCCAGGCUUUCUCUGAGCUGGGAAGUGGUUCAUUACAGCAUGCUACAAGCAAACAGCUACCUGAUCCAGCAUCAGAGCCAAUGCCAUGGGAACAAGGGAAUGAUCAAUAUUUAAAUACAAGUUUGCACAUUAAAAACUCCCAACAAACCCAAACCAAUGGAUGCUCUAAUGUGCAAUCAGAGUCUAAUGACAUCCCACUUGACUCCAGAACUGGGACAGUAGAGCACAUUUUUGCUGAGAACAUUGUGCAUGAAGUGCUCAAGUGCUCCAUAAGAGAAGCUUCAAACUGUCACUUAAGGUGCGAACAAACAUCCGGUAAUUCAGGUAGACUGAGUUCCUCAGUAGCAUCACAAGCUGUGAUGAGGGCCUUCAUAUCUGAAACACUGUGCCAUGAUACACAGGAGCUGCAGUGUGUCCUGCUCUGGGCUGCAGCAUCUCAAAUGGGAAUUUCCACGUUACAGAUUGACCUAAAUGACAAGCACAUUCAGCAACAGCUCUGCAGCAUCUGUCUGCAAGCUCAAUUUCAAGGCUGGACCGUGGGCCAUCUGAUGACAUCUCUCCUCCAACACUGUGACGAUCUGCAGACUGCCAGCAGAGGGCACUCUAAGAUUUCAACCUCUCUCCUGGGGCAUCUACUGCUCACACAAUCAUGAGCCGAAUGGGUCUGGAAUAAAGCUGGAAUCAGUUAGGAUUGAACAUUAGUCAAAAAAAGGAUUCUCUGUUAUUAUGGAUUAAUAUGUGAUUGAUACAGUGUAAUGUGAAAUCCACAGAUGAGAGCAUGGAAAUGAUUAACGAUAAACUGUAUUGAAUGAGCAGGCUGAUCCAAAAAAAAAUAAUAAUAAGUUGGGUUCAACAUAGUAUAACACCCAUCUGUACUCUCUCCUGGAGUUAGACUUAUGAUGAUUAAAACAUGAUAAAAUAUGCAUUCAAUUUUGUGCUCAAACACUUAAAGCUGGACAUCAUUAUAGUUGAACAUCAUUAGCUGACAAUCACUUAUGAUGGAACAUCACUCAAAUUUAGAACCACUCUCUGUGCCUUUGGAUGAAUAUCGAUGAUCAGCUCUGCAAGGGAGAAUAUGAAAUUGACUAAAACUGCAUUACGCAGAGUAUAACACCAGGCUAAUCCAGAAAGAUGGUCAUCAACCUAGCGCAACACCCAGCUGGACACUCAGCUGGGAGGAAACAAGAGUCGAGGCCAACGGCGUUAUGAACAUCUGCUGAAAUUGCUCUCGCCUACGUAACUGCGACAUUACGUUAAUAAAGGCUGGACAUCAGAUCAAGGAUGAAAUAAUAAAAUGCAGAUGGCUGUUCAGUUCUAACUCAUUUCAUAUUAGCACAUUAAUAUGGUCACCCUGACAUAUCUGACCAGCCCAAAUGCUAAUCCUGCCCAUGAAAAGCUGAUACUGAUCUCACACCAGCGUAAAAGUGUAACAUCUAUCUAUCUGUAUUGUAUUAGCAAAUAUUGUUUCACGCACCAGUGAUAUCCUAAAUAUGUUGUUAACGUGGACAAUAAAAACGCAAUGUUGAAGUGUG